AACUCUACAUCUCACGUAGUCUCCAAAUUCUACUGAAUUGAUGCAUUAGUGAUAAAUACAUUUAAUCUGGUCUGUUAUAUUGUGCUGCUGAGGUAUGGAAACAUGGUUAAACGAUGUGCCAAAACACCAGAAUCAGCCUCCAUUGAGUCGGUGUCCCUGAGCAUGGUGCAGGACUGUCAUGUCGUGAAACAUCUCUCCAAGGAAGAGUAUGAGGGGCACACAGCGGCUCUGAUUGUGGGUGGAAAAAACGUCUCUCCGUUUCAUAGGCCAGAGGGAUAUUUAGAGGUUUUCCGGAAUGCAGGAGUUCCUCCCAAACAGAAACUCACCACGUUUUGUGUGUCAGACAACGCUAUCAUCAAACCAGGCACUCCUCUCUAUGCAGCUCACUUCCGUCCAGGACAAUAUGUGGAUGUCACAGCAAAAACAAUUGGCAAAGGUUUUCAGGGAGUGAUGAAGCGCUGGGGGUUCAAAGGUCAGCCAGCUUCCCAUGGACAAACUAAAACACACAGGAGGCCAGGCUCUCUGGGGCCCGGAGGGGACCCAGCAAAAGUUUUUAAAGGAAAAAAGAUGCCAGGCAGGAUGGGAAACAUUUACGACACCACUCAUGGCUUGAAGGUAUGGAGGGUGAACACCAAGUAUAACAUCCUCUACGUCAACGGUUCUGUCCCGGGUCACCGCAACUGUCUUGUUAAGGUCAGGGACUCUAUUCUGCCCACUCGGUUGGAGAACAACAAGAACCCGCCGUUCCCCACGUUCUUUGCUGAUGGAGACGAAGAGAUCCCUGAAGACCUCUAUGAUCAGGACAUGUUCCAGUUUGGGGAGCCCAUGGCUGAAUGAGGUUGUGACCCCACGAUUCCUGCUUACGCUGGUAAAAGACAUUGGGCAUGACGUGACCCUUGAUCGGGGUCUUUCAUCUAGUGGAUUCAGCAUUGCUGCGCUGAAAGACUUGAAGAAGUGUCAAGUAAACACAUAAAUGCAGGUUCAGGUGGAGUGUAAAGUCAUACUUCUGUAUUACAACUUAAUCAUUUUGAAGUGUCAAAAGCUUGUGUGUUUAAACAAUAAAACCUGUUUGAUAUCAUUUCUGUGUUUAUUUUCAUA